AUGCCGCUGCCCCACGGUGCGCUGCUGCUCCUGGCCGUCCUGCUGAUGGUGGCCGGCGGCUUGGUGGCUCUGUGCGCGCCUCUGCCCGGCAUCGCUGCUGCCGUCUUGGGGUUCUUCCUGGGGAUCGGGGGCGUGGGCCUCCUGGUCAGCGUGCUGUGCGUCGCCAUGAAAAACCUGCAGGCGGCGGUGCCGGGACAUUUCCUGCUGCACCCGCGCACGGGGACGCGCUUCAGCCCGCAGCAGUCGCUGGCCAUACAAAGGAGGUUGGACCGAAUUCGUCGCGAGAUGUCAACGGACUCCGUCGGCGGCACCCCGGCCCUCGAACAGGUCCUCGAACCGGCCCCCCCGUCCACUCCACCUCCCUGGACCAUGGAACCUCCCCCGUCCUACGACAUGGUGAUGAAGAUCCAAGAGGACGGCGAGCAGCGCUAACGUCGUGCCCCCUGUUAGACGUAUCGACUUUGACGGCUUGCGCAUGUUGUAAACGUCACUUGUGCCUUUAAUGGGACUAAGGACUUUCUUAAAGGGACAGCGUCAACGCAAUUGGCUUGUUUGAAUUUACGUGAGCAAAUCCUGUGGCUACACAGCACCUGAGCAUUCCCUUGAGCGCUAACUCCGAUGCAAAGUGCCUUAAUCUGGAGCCUUUUCACACGGAGACCCUCCAAAAUUAGAGCAUCAGAGUCGUUUAAAAAAAUAUAUCUACAUAGUCCACAAAUUUUUCACCUUUGCCUUUCUGGCAAAUGCCAGCGAAAGUGGGAUUUUGCUGCAAUCAGAUCACUACACUGGUCAACAACAAUUUUAUUAUCUUUUUUGUUUGUUUUUUAAAUCUAAUUUCAUACUAUUUUAAUGUGCUGAAUCCAAAUAUCACAUUGAUUUUGCUCAUUCAUUUUUUUUUUUGGAUCACAUGAUUUUGUUUACAUGUACAGAUAUUUUCAUUUAAGAGAUUCAAAUAAACUGAGGUUCAUGUCCUAAAUUUUGAACAAAUAUGACAAUUUAGAUUUACAGUUAACACGUACUCUACUGUGCAGUUUACAGUAAAAAAAAGUUUGUAACGCUCGAUAAAUAAACUUAACUACUUUCCAUAAAAACUUGACCUGAACAAGAGAAAAAGAUGCCGUUUUUUGGAUUCAGUCAUGCAAAAUUGUUCAAAAUCAGUUGAAAAAAACAUUCAGCUUACCGCUACAAAAAAAUAUUUAUUUUUUUGUAACCCAAUGUUAGAUGACAUCCACGCCACAGAAGAUAGGAGGCGUUUAUUUCAGGUUUAUUUAUUCGAGGAGAGGCAACGGUUUGAAUAAUUAUCUUAUUUUUUUGUUAAAACGUCAAUAGGGGGGUGCAUUUAUUUGAAACGAGCAGAGGAUGUUAUUUGAGGAAACGCAGUAUCGUCGUGCAAGAGCUGAAGUCCUGAAAGGAACAAUUGGCGUUUGAGGUUAGCCACUUAUUUGUUCCAGCAAACAACGCAACUUUUGAUUAUUUGAGUCACGGCGUCUAAAAGAGAAAGGGCUACUACUUUAGGAAGCACAUAUUUUUAAUAAUAACAUCUCGAGUCACAAGUGGAAAAAAGUAGGAUUUUGUUUCAGUAGUUCAAGUGUUCGAGGUUACUUCUGUAAGAACUAAAUUCCUGGUUUCUAUGACAUGCAUGACGCAUGAACCCAGUGUGACGGUCCGAGCCCUCCCCCGUGCUGAAAAGUCUCCUUGUGAUGAAUGCGCAUGCGUUACUAACAGGGGAACUCGGAGUACGUAGCAGACGCCUACUGGGAAAUCCCCCGGUCUCAUAGUUCCCCUUCUUCUCCAUAGAGGGAGCUAAUACAUGUUAUAUCCUAACCGUAAAACAAAAGUUGAUAAAAAGAUAUACACAUAUAUGUACGUUCGCUGUGUUUGUCUUUCUGAGACAAGUUGUGGAAUGGCACAUGUUGACGUAUGGAUGGGGAUGUUUCAGACUGGCUGGUGUGACGGUCUGAGCGCUCCCCCGUGCUAAAAAGUCUCCUAUAUGUACGUUCGCUGUGUUCGUCUUACUGAGACGUCGAUAGCGAACAUGAACGCUCGGCGACAAGUUGUCGAAUGGCACACGAUGAAGCACUGGCCGGAAGGUUACAAAAUAUACGCACAUGCGCGUUAAUCGAAAGGAGACUCUUCCGCACCGGGAGUACUCAGACAGUCACAGCGGAUUUAGUUAUUUUUUUGGGGAGGAGGGGACGCAACGAAGUCACCUCAAAGCAUCCAAUCAGAUCGCUUGACUGUUAUUCGGCAUGCUAUUGACUGCCACUAGGGGCAUCUUUGCAUGCUAUUUGUGAACUGCAAAAUAUGCUUCGCUGCGAUGCGUCAACCUGCAUUCCGGUUGGGUUUUUUGUCUUUUUUGGGCCCAAGAGGGGAAAAAUAAUGUCGCCGCCGCAAAGCAUUCAUUUUCUAUGCAACUAGGGAUAUUUGUAUGUCAUCUGGCAAUUGCUUGAUUGACUGUUAUUGUGCUCAAUUUGCUGUUUUCUGGGUUAUUUUGUUGACAGUUGUGACAUAUAUGCAAUUGUUUGUUCUAUAAACCUUGUGUACACAUUUUAGCAGGUGGUGCUGUUAUUUAUUCAUUUGACAUUGUCGCUAAAGAGGACGGCACGUUGUCCCAGUGCGGGGGUGUCACUCAUUUUUGCCGCAGGCCACAUUUUACUUACGGUUCCCCUCGGAGGGCCGUUAUGACUGUGAAACUAUAAAAAUCUUUAACCGCCUCAUCAAAUUUGCAUAUGAAAUUUAUGAACUCGUUUUGGAAUCAGAAAUCGGGGGUAAUGGGUUUUUCAUCAUGGUAACACAAAAAUGCUUGUGACAUCUCAGCGUUAUCAUUUAUGAUAUGACAAUUUGAAAUUUUGCUACUGAUUUUAACAAACUUAUGAAAGUUGAUACAUAUGAUUUCGAGACAGUCGUACUCACAAUCACACCUAGGUGCAAUUUAGAGUGUCCAUGUUGCAUGUUUUUGGGAUGUGGGAGGAAACCGGAGUGGAAACCGGAGUGCCCGGAGAAAACCCACCCAGGCACGGGGAGAACAUGCAAACUCCACACAGGCGGGGCUGGGAUCAAACCCGGGUCCACAGAACUGUGAGGCCAACACGUUAGCAGCUGAUCCACCGUGCCUCCACCAUACCAGAGUUUCCGGGUUCAAAUAUUGUGAUUACACACACUCACUUUUUUCUGACUCCUCCCACUCUCCAAAACUGAAGCUCGCCGCCCUUUUCUAAAAGUAGCUCACGAGUGAUGGGACAUU